UGAUUAUUAAUUUGAAAUUUCAUUUAGAAGAGAAAGUUAAUUUAUGCGAUUAACGUCGUGCUUUCGUUAGUGAUAAAGAUUAAACUAAAACUAUAUUUUUUGUCAUUUUUAGUUUCACAAUUGUUCUGCCUUUAGCUUUGCUAAAUAGCUAGUUGUACAUCCCUAAAAGUCUUGUAGAACAUAGGAGUAACCUUAAAAAAAAAAUAAAAUGAGUAAAAUUAGAGCAGGCCCAGUUGUUGAUAUCUUGGGAGAUGAAAUGACCAGAAUUAUAUGGGAUUCUAUAAAGGAAAAAUUGAUUCUUCCGUUUUUGAGUAUUGAACUUCAUACCUUUGAUUUGGGAAUAGAGAACAGAGAUAAAACAGAAGAUCGAGUCACUGUUGAGUGUGCUGAAGCCAUAAAAAAAUACAAUGUGGGUAUAAAGUGUGCCACCAUAACCCCAGAUGAAAAGAGAGUUGAAGAAUUUAAGCUAAAACAGAUGUGGAAAUCUCCUAAUGGAACUAUUAGGAACAUUUUGGGAGGAACUGUAUUUCGAGAAGCGAUUAUUUGCAAAAACAUUCCCCGUUUAGUUACUGGCUGGAUUAAACCUAUUAUCAUUGGCCGUCAUGCUCAUGCUGAUCAAUAUAAAGCCACUGACUUUGUCGUACCUGGUCCAGGUAAAUUGGAAUUAAUUUAUACUCCUUCCUCUGGAGAAUCAGUUAAGUACACCGUUCAUGAAUAUAAGGGUCCUGGAGUGGCAAUGGGAAUGUAUAAUACUGAUGAAUCUAUCAUUGACUUUGCCCAUUCUUCUUUGAAAUAUGCAUUAAAUCGAGGUUAUCCUUUGUAUUUAAGUACAAAAAAUACCAUUCUCAAAAAGUAUGAUGGACGUUUUAAGGAUAUAUUCCAAGAAAUCUAUGACAAACAGUAUAAAUCACAGUAUGAAGCCAAAGGCAUUUGGUAUGAACAUAGAUUGAUUGAUGAUAUGGUUGCUUAUGCAAUGAAAUCAGAGGGAGGUUUUGUGUGGGCAUGUAAGAAUUAUGAUGGAGAUGUUCAAUCUGAUUCUGUAGCACAGGGCUAUGGUUCUUUGGGAUUAAUGACUUCAGUACUUAUUUGCCCUGAUGGAAAGACCAUUGAAUCUGAAGCAGCACAUGGAACAGUAACCCGUCAUUAUAGAUUAUACCAAAAAGGUCAAGAAACUUCAACAAAUCCAAUUGCCUCAAUUUUUGCUUGGACUCAAGGUCUCCUACACCGAGCAAAGUUAGAUAACAAUGGAGACUUAGAAAGAUUCUCUAAAACCCUUGAAGAUGUUUGUGUUGAAACUAUAGAAUCUGGUAUUAUGACCAAAGAUCUUGCGAUUUGUAUUAAGGGAAUGAAUAAUGUUCAAAGGUCUGAUUAUUACGAAACGUUCGAUUUUAUUAAUAAAUUGGCUGAAAAUCUUCAAAAAAAACUCCAAAAAUAAAUGUGUUUGAUGUUAGUAUGACAUUAAAACAUAAAUAUUUGCAGAGUCAGCUCUAAAACUUUGUUGUUUGUACUUAGGUGCUUUUGGAUAUAUUACAUUAUUAAUUGCAUUUACUUUAUAAUUUUCUUGAGGAUUCAAAUCAAAAUUUGAUAAUCAAAGGUAAUUCAUAAAACCUAUUGUUUUUAUGAACUCUCUAGACCUUGAACAGUAGCAUUUCUAUUUAAAUUUUGGUUGGAGUCUUUAUGCAAAUUUAUUAAAGUCUGAGGGGUAUUAUAAAGACGUAUCAAUGUAUUAAUAUGUGCCUUUUUUUUAUUAAUUGUAAAUUGGUGUUUGAUUUGAAAUAUGUGUAUAGAGAAUGAGGGUGAAGGAAUGUAAUUGCAUACUUUUUAUAAAAUAUACAUGUAGAAGUAA